CAGUUUGCUUUUCUAUCUUACCAUUUUCUACAUAAGCAACUUCAGAAGCCCAUUAACCAUUCAAUUUGUUCUGCUACUUUUAAGGCUCAGUUUGGCAACGGCUUCUUAAUUACAAAAUGGCGAAAAUCUAUACAAGUUCAGUGCAACAGGGAAAGCUCUGGAUUUUCAGCAUGUGCAUUAUAUGUCUUGUGGUUUCAGUCAUGGCUACACGCCCACAUCCAAUAGGGCCGCUCAAAGCUUCUACGUUGUUCACAAAAGAUCAAAUGGAGAUAAAACACACUUUUGAUGGCAGAGUGGAAAAAGAAGAGUCAAAAGUAGGGAAUGAAUGUGGUAAUGAAAUGAGUGAAGAAGAAUGCUUAGAACGGCGAACAUUAGUUGCUCAUACAGAUUACAUAUACACCCAAGAACACAAGGGCCCAUAGAUCUUGUUUCUCUAUGCAUGUACAUAUCAUCAAAUCUCUUUCCUAGCAGAGUUAAUUUCUGUUUGAGGGACACCAUGUAAAAUGGAUGUUGACUUUUUGUACCAGAGCUGUUAUAAUACAAUCGACAACUAUCAAUUUUGUAUUUAUUUGUAUCGGAGUUUUUCCUA